UCCUUUAAAGAUGCACCAGGUAUACUGACUGUCAACUGGAUAGUGUGAUAAGUACAGGCUGGUUGCCCUACAAUGAAGCCCAGUGCAUCGGAAUAACACAAGUCUUUCCCGCUACAAACAUGCCAAUCACUCUUGCCGGCCAACAGAUGAUCGUGACACUGCAAAAGCUACCACAGCUCCACGACGGACACCAUUAUGUGUGUAGGUUUGGUGAUAUUUUUGACUACCAAGCGACAAACUACAACAAGGAUAGCUUGGCAUGCAGAACACCCCCGCAAGAUAACUUACCACCACUGCCUACUGGAGAAGACCAUGUCAUAGUUUCACUGAGCGUCAUGUCUAUGGAAACCGGUGUGAACUUUGUCAGCAUAGACUUGAGUUUCUAUGAAUGUGGCACCCACACAAGCUGUGUGUCCUGCGUUGGUAGUGACUGGGCCUGUAACUGGUGUGUGUAUGAAAACAGAUGUACUCACAAUGAUUCGAUUUGCUCAAAGCCCAAUGAAAUCAUCGUCACGGGACAAUACAAUCGGGGAACAACUAUGGACGGCCCAGACGCGUGCCCUCAGCUCCAACCACAAAAUGGCGAGGUGCUGAUACCUAAUAAUGUCAACACGGAAAUAACUGUCAAUGUUUCCAAUUUCCCGCUGUCAACAAUGCUGUCUAGAUACCAAUGCAGUCUUAACAUAGAGGGGGUGGACCAGUUCGUGGAGGCUACUCGGGAUGAUUCAACUGUGGCAUGUACUCGAAGAUCGUUUACAUACACGUCCAUCGAGCAAGAAUUGAAUGCGACAUUGUCAAUAUGGUGGACAGACGACAAUAACAACAUUCACCGUGUGGACGAUCGGCAUGGUUUCACAGUGACUUUGUACAAAUGCGAGGUCCUUCGUCCUGACUGUAGCCGAUGUGUGUCUGAGGAAACUACCCGUGCGGAGCUAGGAUGCGUGUGGUGUGGGAAUACCUGCGGGGUGUUGGCCAGUGCUGUGUGUGAAACUGCUGCUGAGAUUGUCAAUCUUCAUAAUGAAAUCAACUGCCCUGAUCCAGUUAUAAUGAUGAUUUAUCCAUUAUUUGGACCAGACGAAGGCAAUACAAUUAUAACGGUGAUGGCAAGUGAUCUUGGCCGCAGGUUCAGUGACCUGCGAGAGGUCACGAUCGGUGGUCAGAUAUGUGACUUUCAUGAUCUGGAGAUGUACUACCGAACCGGUGCCAGUGUACACUGUAGAACAAGAUCUAGUUACGACCUCAGACCACAGUUGAUUCAAGCGAGUAUUACAGGUGCAAAUGGUAUUGAGCAGAGAAGUCAUGGGGAAGCUACCUUUCGGUACAAGGUAUGAGUUCGGGCGGCUUGUUCUCGUAUGUUUAC